UGCUGGAGUCUUCUGAUCACUGCGCUAUCUCUAUUAUUAUCUUCUUAUCCGAACUCCAAGUCAAUUUAAAUAUUAGUUAUCUUUUAACAAAAAAAUUGUCAGAAUGAUCACUGCCAUCAUUUCUAAAAGUGUCUGGUCAUCAUUUCGAGAAGGACAACCCCAGCGGAAGGUCAAGCCAACACCGUGGUCACGUGACCAUCACUCGUAAAAAAAACAACAACACAACAUGGCUGGUCUGUGUAGGUUUGUUGCAUUAUCCCGCGUUUUAUAUCUCACGCUGAAUAUAGCAGUGUUUGUAUCGAUAUUUAAUUUAUGCAGCGGAUACAAACCCGUAAUCGUUGUACAUGGAAUUUUGGACAACCCGACCAUGUUCACGGGACUGAAGGAUUUCAUUGAAGAGGCACAUCCAAAAACUAACGUUACAAUAAUUGAUUUGUAUGACGAUAUCGAUAGUUUGCUGCCGCUAUGGCAACAAGUGGUAAAUUUUAGCAAAGUGAUGCGACCAAUCAUGCAAUCAGCGCAAGAUGGCAUUCAUCUUAUUGGUUUCUCUCAAGACACUGAAUAUCUGAAAUGGUUGUUUCCAAACUAUUUGCGAGAGGAACUUUAUAAGGUUUGUUAUAAAGUCUUUGGUCAGGAUGUGUCUGUCUGUAAUUAUUGGAAUGAUCCCCAUCACCAUGACCUCUAUCUUAAAUUCAAUUCAUUUUUACCAGUUCUUAAUAACCAAGUGAAUGGCAGUGAAGAAUAUAAAAAGAAUUUCAUAAAAUUGAAGAAUCUAGUAUUGAUUGGCGGUCCUGAUGAUGGUGUUAUCACUCCAUGGCAGUCCAGCCAUUUUGGUUUCUACGAUAGUAGUGAGAAGGUUAUAGAAAUGACUUCACAGCAGGUAUUUAAGAAUGAUACGUUUGGUUUACGGACAUUAAGUGAACGAGGUGCGAUAACAACCUACUCUAUUGCAGGUGUAGAGCACACAACAUGGCACAAGAAUUUAACUGUAUUCAAUAAAGCUAUAAAACCAUGGUUAACAUGAUAUUUAUAUUCUAAUAAAAUCCUGGGUAACAUGAUAUUACACUAUAAGUAUAAUAAAACCAUGGCUGAUGUGAUAAUGCCUUAUAAUAAAACCCUGAUUAAAAUAUAUUUUAAGUUUAAUAAACGCUGAAUAAUGUUAUGUUACACUGUAAUAAAACCCUGAUUAACAUAUAUUUUAAGUGUAAUAAAACCCUGGCUAAUGUGAUAAC